AACAUGUUUCCACAGGUUGCAGCACUGUGCUCGUUGCUGGCGCUAGUGUUGGCAAUCGUGAUAUUCUUCACGAGUCGCCGCUUCCAACUGCUGAAGAAGAUACCAGGACCGAAGGGACUUCCAGUAUUGGGGAUCGUCACAGACGUCGUGAAGAACACCAGUCGCAUCUUAGACUUCGUGAGGGACUUGCAGCAGAAGCAUGGACCGACGUUCAAGGCGUGGUUAGGACCAUUUCCUGUGGUGUUCCUCACCGACCCUCGGGACCUCCAGAUAGUGUUGAACAAGAGCGCCUGCCUCUCCAAGCCUCGGCCGUACAAGGUCGUCGAACUGUACUUCGGGUACAGCUUGACAACCGCUGACCCCACGGACUGGAAGAGGUUCCACAGGAUCAUAACCCCGGCUUUCGGCCUCCCCACCCUGAAGAGCUUCAUACCGGUCUUCAACGAGAAGAGCAGAAAGCUAGUGGACGUGCUGAGAGAACACGAAGACGGCCAACCUUUCGACAUACUCGAACACAUGACGUUGUGCACUCUGGACAUCGUCAUCGAGACCAGCUUGGGAUCCAACAUGAACAUGCUGAAGAACAAACGGAUGGACCUUAUGGAAAGUUUGCAAGUCGCAGAAGACGUGAUGUACCACGCCACUCUCCGGCCGUGGUGCUGGAUACCUGCGCUGAUGAAGUCGACUUCCAACUACAAGAAGAUGGUGAACGGUGUUAAAGACAUGUCGGAGUACGCCGACUACGUGAUCACGCAGAAACUGGCAGACGGCUCGCGGGAAAUCAACUCCUGUCGGACGAUGAAAAAAGUCGGGGAGAUAUCUGACGAAUCUCUUGACGUGGAGAAGAAACGCCUCGGGUUCUUGGACCACGUGAUUUCCGGCCUUAACGACGGCUCGACUUUGCUGAAGCAAGUCGAGAUCAAGGACAACACCAUCAACGUUAUUGUGGCCGGAAUGGGAACAGGGAGUUUAGUCAUGUCGGCUGCUCUCAUGCUCUUGGGUUUACACCGGGACGUUCAGGAAAAGGUCGUGAAGGAGUUGGAGCAGAUAUUCGGUGAAAACAUCGACAGGGCGGUGACAUACGAAGACCUCAAGCAGAUGGUGUACCUCGAGCAAGUCAUCAACGAGACCAUGAGGCUUUACCCACCCGUACCUCUUACUGCCAGGGGAGUCACCGAGGAUCUUACACUCACCAAGUAUACUUUGCCCGCUGGGGCAUACAUCGCCAUACCCAUCUCGCUGAUUCAUCGCAACCCCGAAUACUUCCCUGAUCCGGAUAGAUUCGACCCGGACCGCUUCAGUCCAGAGAACCGUGCCAAGAGACAUCCGUUUAGCUUCAUUCCUUUCCUGGGAGGUCAAAGGAUGUGCAUAGGGAAGAAAUACGUCUGCAUGCAGAUGAUUACUAUCCUGUCUAAUGUUCUCCGCAGCUACGAAGUCCUCCCUUGUGGAUCCAGAGAAGAAAUGGAACAACUGCAGUUUAAGAUGAGUCUUCACAUGGUUAAUGGUUAUAGCGUUAAGCUUGUUCCAAGAAAGAAGUGAUAUUUUAUACGCCAAUAUUUUUAGUUCAUUUAUAUAAACUCAUGUUUCAAAGUUAUUUACUCAAUUUAAAGUCUCUAGUAGUAAAUUAGGUAUUUUUUUUUUGGUUUACGUGUUAAUUAUACAGGUUCCACCAACAUCUUUAGACCAUCAGCAGAUUUGAAAUGAUAUUGUUUUUUUGUUAUAUUCGUAAUGUUUUGCUCAUUUUUAUUAAAAACUAUCUGCAAUACCCGGCGUUGCCCGGGCUGAUCACAGGGGGACGGGGACCUUUUUCGAAAUCCGAUGUAGUUAGAACUUGUCUUGUUAAUUUGAAUGUCAAGUGUGACAAUUAAUUUAUAUCACUUUCAAAUCCCGACAGACGUUGUUCUGCCAGUUUAUAGUCACACAUUUACCUUCUAUAACUAACAUAUGAGUUUCCGGAGAGAUAGAGAGAGAACAACAUGUUUUUUGACGAAGCUCGUGAAACUUCCAGGACUUAAAUAAAACUUUUAUUAUUGCCUACGUAUAUAAAUAAAAAUUACCAUUAUUCUAAAAACUACUAUUGGAUUAACAAUCAAAAAAAAGUUUCUCUGACCUUACUAGGUAUAAAAUAUAAUACCUAAAUGUACUGCAAAUUUUGAAUGUUUGAAAUUGUGACCAUACUAUAUGUUUUCUACGUUAUUUUCUGUUAUAUAAAUCUUCGGCUCUUUAAAAAAAUUCUUGGUUUAUUGUUUUAAAGUCACACUUUGACAAAUUUCUGAAUUGGGCCUUAUACAUUUAACAUGUUUUAGAGUAUUUAAGUAAAAUACAGUAAAAAAUAUCAGUCAUUUAAAAAAUGAGGAAGCCAACAUUUUAAAUUCCCCAUUUCAAAUCAAUCCUGAACACAGAACUACAUUCAAUACGUUUUUCACAACUAGGAUCAUGAUUUAUUUGGGCAAGGUCAAUUGAGAACCAUUAACAAAUAACUUUCAACAAUUUUUUAUACAGUCCCUAUAAAGGAAAUUAUGCAAUUUUUUUGGUUCUCAAAAGAUUUUUUUGAAAUAUUUACCUAAGAGGUUUUUAAUCCUUCAAAACUAUGACUUUACUAUUUUAAAGUUAUAUUUCAACUUAAAAAAAUAUAUACUACAGUUUUUUCCCAACAAACCUUUCCCGUUUCCAUUUCAAUAGGCUUAUUUUGUCCAUUAACGAAUUUAAUCGAGAUUUAGAUCUCUAUUUCUUAUGAGUCAGUCUGAAUGUAAUAUUUGUGAAUCUACGGUGGCAUCGUAUCAAAAAAAUAAGUAACGACAGCUCAUGAGUUAACAAUAAUGUUGAAAUCUAGUAACAUAGAAACAAACCCCAAUUCUUUCAAUGUUUUCCGGUAGUCACAGCAUGUUAAAGAAUGCAAUAGGAAAUUUUAUGCGAAAUACAUGUACUUAAAUUAUUUAAGAAGGUUAAAAGUAUGUGAUUACAACGUUAUUCGCCUUAUAGCCGUGCAUUGCCGAUAUGAAUCCUUUAUGCGCUAGUUACGACGACGAUAAAUACUAAAAUAUUAGAAGUCUUGACUCAAUCAGUCAAUGAAUAUGUUUUUUUUUCCAGAUGCGUUUUAAGAGUGUACAUCUCGUUCCAAAUCAUUAUUUUAUGUUUAAGUUCAACUCGGUUAAGCGUACCAACCAUUUGAAUGGCAGAACAUUCACAAAAUGAAA